UCGCAACCGGACAACAGCGUCAUCGAGCUGAGGAUUCGGGUUUUCAGGUCGUUUUUAUUUAGUAUUUUUCUAUUUGUUUGACUUUUUUUUAGCCGAAGACGAUGGACGUGUCGCUCGAGGCUCAAACCAAACCGCUCGCGACCUUGUCGGCCUUCAGUUACAUCCCGCCGCGACGGACGGACCCGAAGGAAAGCUCGUACUUUAACAAAGAAUCCACGGCCCCAGAGGUCUCCACGUACGACCUCGUGUUCCACCAGGCGGAGGGCUACGACCCGAGGCUGCACCGAGACGACAGGAAACACCACAAAGGAAUCGGCCUGGACAUCGGGGGGGAGGAGGAGUCCAGAGUCGUACCGCUGCGCUCCUCUGCACAGUACGGCCAUCGACCCGUUCCCGCCGUCUGCCGGGCGGGGGGGCGGCACGCCCGCGUGGCUUGCAUAAACGCCGAGUUCUUCAGGAAGAACGGGAUCAUCUGGAACGUGGCGGAGGGAUUCGGAUCGGUGACCCCGUCCUGAGGGGAUCACACAGGGGUCGGUCCCCCCGGAGAGAAACAAUAAAGCAGUGUUCAGUUGAUGGGUCCAUUCACGUCAGAUGUGUUCACGAUGGAUCGCUGAGCCGUUUCCUCGUCGUGAGCAAUAGGAGUUUCAGAUGAAUAACUUUAAGAUGUGAACAUCUGCAGGAAGCUUGUGCUGCACUUUUGUAGUUUGAGGCUGAAAUAACUUCCUUCAGUAUGGGCGUGAUUUAGAAGUUCAGAUGGUGCAGACAGAAAUACAGAAAUGUCUUCCAGUUAUUGCAUUUUGAUAUUGCGCCUGAUGUCAGAGAUCAGCGCCGCUCCAGUACAAUAGAGGCUGGGAUUAAAAAGACUGAAUGUUCUCGGUGACGAGAAUAUAAAGAAU